AUUAAAGAUGGCGUCGGAAAGAGAGCGGAAAGAUCGUGCAUUGGGGUUAUCUAUGGAAAUUAAACUCACAAAAGCUCAAAGAAAAAUGGUAAAAAAACAGAAUAAAGCCCUUCACACACUUAAGAAUAGAGAAAAGGAAGUAGGGGAGAUAUCUGACGUUCCAACAGCAUAUUUGUUGGUAAAGAAUGGCGGGUUAAUGUGCGGAGUGGAAAGACAGGAUCUAGUCAAUGUCUUUAAGAAAUAUGGAAAAUUAGACGAUAUAAUUAUGCUUCCAGGGAAAUCAUUUAGCUACGUCUUGUUUUGUAAUUCUUCAAGUGCUGAGGAAGCAAUGGCAAGCCUAAACGGUCAAAAGCUAUGCUUUAAUCAAAACAUUUUUAGGAAUUUUUACUUGGCAUAUUUGAAGAAAAGACCCCAUAUGGAAUUGUGUUUGUCAAAUAAGGACUACCCUGCGGGAAUGAUUCUCAUUGAAGAAUUUAUUAAUGAACUCCAAGAGCUUGAACUGCUGCAGCGUUUCUUUAGUUGUGAGGAGGACACAAGCGUAGUAGGUGUAACAGCUGAACAACAGUUGAAGCAUAGAUAUGUAAAACAUUAUGGUUAUGAAUUUUUGUAUGGUUCAAAUAAUGUGGACAAAGACAAGCCAUUACCUGAUGGAAUACCAAGUGAAUGUUCAUUGGUUGUGAAAAAGCUUGUUUCACUUGAUUGUGUGAAGCAUGAACCAGAUCAACUUACAAUUAAUGAGUAUAAACCUGGGCAAGGAAUUCCUCCUCAUGUUGACACUCAUUCUGCCUUUGAAGAUGGCAUCACUUGUCUUAGCCUUGGUGCAAAGGUUGCAAUGGAUUUUCGUCAUCCAGAUGGACGCCAUGUUUCUAUUUUACUACCAAGACGAAGUGUUCUUAUAAUGACAGGAGAAUGUAGAUAUGAAUGGACACAUGGAAUAACCCCUCGCAAGUACGAUAUCGUGAACGAAGAUGACCUAAUAUCUAAUAAAAACAGCAGAACUUGGGAUUCAUUUUCCUCUAGUCAACAAUCAACUAAUGAAAACUCCAGUACAGGGGAUUCGCUUUUCACUACUCACCAAUCGUCCAAUGAAAAAGACUCCAAUACUGGGCAUUUACUCUCAAGCACCCAACACCCAUCCAAUGCAGUGGCACUUCUUCCUCGGGAGGUUAGGUUAUCGCUGACUUUCCGCAAAGUGAGACGCACUCCUUGCGAUUGUAAAUACCCUUCCAGCUGCGAUUCACAGGAUUUUGGUCGUCAGUCGAAUAAGAAUGGUAGAGAGAAUGUGCUCCCGCAGUCAGAAGAAGACGCUGUGAAUUUAGAAAAAGCACAUGUACACAACGUUUAUGAUAAUAUAGCGGAGCACUUUAGUGGUACUCGUCACAGCCCAUGGCCGAAAAUUGCCGAGUUCUUGAACAAACAACCACGCGGUUCAAUUGUGGCGGAUGUGGGGUGUGGAAAUGGUAAAUAUCUUGGUAUUAAUGAUCAGCUGUUGAUGUUCGGUUCAGAUCGCAGUCAAAAUCUCGCGGCGAUUUGCAGAGAACGAGGCUAUCACGUCGUUGUUUGUGAUAUUUUAUCCCUGCCUUAUAGAUCCGAUACUUUUGAUGUAUGUAUAUGCAUCGCUGUCAUUCAUCAUCUUUCCACCAUAACCCGUCGCCUGGCUGCCAUUAAAGAACUUGCACGAAUCAUUAGGCCUGGUGGUCGUAUAUUGAUUUCUGUUUGGGCCUUAGAACAGAGCCUUGGGAAAAGAGGAAAUCGGGGGGAACGCCCUCAUUCGGGAACGUCCACCUCGAUUGACGAAAAAGCAUACACCCCAGCUGGAGAUGAUGGACAAGGAUUGGAACAGCCUCGAAGUUCUGAAGUCGCAUCCGAGGGGAUCAACCCCAGUGUGCAAACUACUGGCGGGACAUAUUCUGUUAUAAUGUCAGAUAUGUUAGAUAAUUAUCAACGUACAGUUUAUAAAGAUAGACAUCGUGUAAACUUUGAUAGCGAAGAUGCAUUCAGUAUAUCAAAAUCUAUCUGCACGUCAAGCCACGAAAUUGACAGAUCUUGUCCAAACGACGCGUCAGAAAUACCUUCUCCUUCGUCGGUAACAUCAAUUAGAAACUCUAACUGCCCAAGCACUGCAGUUGAAACAUCAUCUUGUGGCGACGGGGAAACCCAUCCGCAAAGAGAACAAGAAUGUGUAUCAAAUAACGCAACAUCUGAAGAAAAUUUACUAAAACUGAAAGUAAACGCAUCAAGAAACAUGUUCGAACAGCAAGAUCUAUUAAUCCCAUGGCAUUAUCAUGGGAAUAAGAAUUCUUCAAAAAAUAGCAAAGAAUCGUCUUGUACAUCAGAUAAAGCUGCGGAUGAGAAGGAUGAUCGAAAAGCGAAUUCUGCAGUUGAGAGAAAAGUAUUUCAGAGAUUUUACCACGUUUUUAAAGAACACGAGUUGACAGAUGAGUGCAGUAAAAUUGGAAAUGUCUCUAUCGUUCGCAGCUAUUAUGACAAGGGGAAUUGGUGUGUUGAGCUAGAAAAAGUCAGGGAUUAUUGAUUUUUCUAUCAGAAUCUUGAAUUUUGAUCCAGAAUUUUUCUUACCCUGGAACUGCCACGGCCUAUGUUAUAGCGGGAUUCUAUUUUUCUAUUUAUAAUAAAUUAUGUUUAAAUAAAGUGUAUUAAUUACUAUAUUAGGUAGCUGGAUGAGGACGUAACAUGAACAUCUCUCAACCUUGUUUUCGUAACUAUUGUGUUGAUUUCGGCCUGUUUCAGACGUCGAACUUUUCAUGCGCCGAACCUAAUGCAAAUGAACUAAGGUCUUUGUUUAUAAGUUCAUUUGCAUUCGAUUGGGCACAUGAAAAGUUCGAAGUCUGAAACGGGCCUAAGCUUCAAACAAAUUAAGAUGCCAACAGUAGCACAAGUAUUACAGUCAAGAAAGGUGAUACAGCGGAUUGCAACGAGUCUCGCUGGCGGAG